AGGCGCACCGCGACGCGCAGGUGGAACGCGGUGUGCAUGUGGAGCUGGGACAUCUGCGCCGACACGUGCGCCAUCUGCCGGAACUCGCUCAACGAGCCGUCCAUCGAGUACCAGGCGAACCCGUCGCCGAACAACGAGAACGGCCUGUCCAUCGCCUUCGGCUGCUGCGGCCACGCGCGCCCGCCGGCGCAGGUCUUCCACCUCGACUGCAUCCAGCGCUGGCUCAAGACGCGGUCCGUCUGCCCCUUGUGCAACAAGGAGUGGGAGUUCGCCAAGAUCGAACGCAUCCCCGGCUACGGGUCCCUCGGCACCUAG